UCAGGUCUUAGCUUCACAGGUAUCAUCAAUUAGCACAACAAUUCUAAUAGCUUCCCAGGCAACAGCUAUACAGUCACUUACCAUGGCUGGUCGUGGACCUGGUUGCCGUCUUCUUGUCCUGCUCCUAACCUUGACAGCCUUCAAUGGCAGCUUCGCAGCUCGCCAUCUUCUGGACACAGCAGCUGCCCCAGAGGCGGCACCGGCUCAGCCUUCCAUACCAGCAGUUCCAACCACACUGCCUCCGAUGCCUUCCAUACCAGCAGUUCCAACAACACUGCCUCCGAUGCCUUCCAUUCCAGCGGUCCCAAAGUUGACAGUUCCACCAAUUCCAUCCAUUCCUAUCCCGAAGGUCGCCCUGCCACCAGCAGCCGCUGGCACAAUCCCAUCUCUACCAAAUCCUGGGAUUCCCGCCACCGUACCAACUAUCCCUGCAGUGCCGGUUACCCUGCCACCAAUGCCCUCAAUCCCCACUACUGUGCCAUCUAUUCCAACCACGAUCCCAACAACAAUCCCUACCAUUCCUGGGUUCCAGAUGCCACCCAUUCCAUUCAUGGCCCCACCACCACAGACCGCCAGCCCUUGAAGUUCAUGGUAGCAGGAGACUUCAAUUUACUACUGUUAGUCAGGAAUUUGAUUCGUCGUAUAUGGUCAUUGUCAGUGAGUUUACCAUGUCUGUUUUGCUAUUUGGGUGAUACUGGCUAGCAUGUUGUGUGAUCGUGAAUGCAGCCAGUCGAUUGUACCAUCUUGUGUUCUGUUAAUAAAGUAUUACUUGGGUUUUAUA